CUCAGCUUACUACCUAGCUACCUUACAGUUUUAGCGUCAUACGGUAGCUUCAUUUUGCUUUUGCUUGAGCAAAGAGUCUCUAGACGAUUGAGCAGCUUACUUUGCACCAGGGUAGCUGUGUCAGCGAGAGUAUCAUGGCGCAGGGAGCAGGCUCGGCGUUGGGUGACCCGCCUCACAAACGGACUGCGAAUGGCGUAAACGGCAGUGCAACUCGCGCCUCUGCACCUUCUUUGCCCGCUGAAGUUGUGGGGAAGAUUCUGUCGCUUACGGGGGAGAAUGCGACCUUCAUAGCAAGGGUGGCGGUGCUUGGGCGUGCUUGGCGUGACGCGGUGGAAUGGCUGGACCAUCUAGACGUUCGCUUACACGAGACUUCCAUAUUGGAGCGGUCAGCCAAAUCGCAGGCGGGAGUGACGCGCCUCAUUCUGCGGGCCCGAAGGCUCCAGAUUCUUGACCUUGAGUUCACGCACUCCCAAAAUUCGGAGGAGGACCUCACCCUGACCAACCACAGCGCGACACCUGUCGCUGUCCUUGAGCCAAGCACUCUCGCAAAGUGGAUCAAUCACACCAAGCCGAGCCUGCUGCAACUCGCGGUCGCUGUGACAACCUCACGCAACCCUAUUGUAAACGAGGCAGCUCUGGUGGAGACCAUUCUCAUCCACACCCGCGGUGCCACCAAGCUCAAUAAGCUAUGGCUCCAUAACCUGGACCUCGACCUCCCGACAAUCCAGGGGGCCCCCCAGGGCACGUUUCCCAUCAUGGCGGCGUCGCUGAAACCGCGCCGUAUGUCGCAAGUGUUUGUGGAGCACUUCUUAGCGCAGAGCCCGAAGCUCCUUUUCAUGAACGUGGACCUCGCUACCGAGGAGCAGGAACUCACGUUCACCUCCGACCGGCUCCAGCGGUUAGCGAUAACCAUCCUCGCCGGAACCCGUGUCAACUCGCUGACGGUCAACAUGCCGGCACUGAUGCGGCUGAAGGUGGAGUCGCCGUACCCGUUUGGCCCGCUGCACGCCCCCCUCUGCACGAAGCUCUCGCACCUCAAUGUGCGGGUGUUCUCUCCUGGGCCGGAAGUUGAGGACAAGUUCCGGGUCAACCUCGCGCCCGAGCUGCGCGAGCUGCAGGGCGCGACGUUCCACCUGCCGAAUUGCUCGUGGGAGCGCGUGAAGGCAAUGGUCGGCCAUGCGCCGAGCGUGCAGCACGUCGCGUUCACGCGCUCGAUGGACUCGGUGCUUUCGCGGAUGGACCUGGAGGUUGAGGGAAUGAUCCGGAUGUUCCCGCGCCUAGUUAGCGCGUACUUUGGCGAGGCGAUCUUCUGCGACAUGAUGGGGCAGGGGGGGGGGGAGAACUGGCGGGGGGAGGCGAAGUGGCGCGACAUGCAGGCGAUGCGGGUGGUUACAACGACGACGAGCAGGGAGUUUGUGAUUGCGAUCGCAAAGCUGCUGCGCAAGUGCCCGAAACUGAUGGUGCUCGAGAUCGCGCGGCCGUACGGGUGUGAGGAGGACCGUGUGGCCGCCGCCGUCGCUGGCGAUGCUGGCUACGAGUCCUCCGACAGCCAGGAACAACCGCUCGUUGACUACCGCGAGUUGGAGCGGGACAACCUGGAAGCUGUCGUCGGGCGCCUGCGCAAAAAGUACCCUAAGCUCUAUGUGAAGGGCGACUUCGGGGUGGGGGAGUAUGAUUAUUACGGAUGGCAGUUUUCAGUUAUCUGCCGGCCCAAUCGGGAUGCGUUGUAGCGCCGAAUCGUCAAAGAGUAUGAUUUCAAACGUUGUUAUUACGGUUGGGAUUUCUUGGGUGUCUGGCCGCUCCAAUCUGGUUGCGUUUUGUGGUGCGAGGUUAUCAAAGUUGCACGAACGCCCUCUCCAAUACUGAGAUGAUUAGUCUACUACGGUAUGAUCUGAUUGUGUUGCUUAGAGACUGGGAGCCACUAUUUUAUAGGAGAUUCUGCUUUGUUGAUGCGUACAGCGUUGAGUAUUGUCAUUGCUUCUAACUUUGGAGAAGAACGUUGGAUGACCCAUUUGAUUGUCUUUGUAAGGUGAACUUCGGAAAUAUUCAGUAGUAGUAGGAGUAUAGUAUCUAGAGUUUAUUACGGCCAAGGUAGUUUAAUCCGACGGGACAUGGUUGAACAGGGGCAUUGAGAAUAAAAAUCAUGCAAGCACAAUCCAAGGUUGCAACUUGCGGGCAUCGCUUCAAACUCUGGGUCGAAUCAAGGCUUCAUUUGACGGU